UAUGACCCAAAGACCCACGCCAUGGCCGGUGGCUUGGCCGGUAUGGUAGCAUCCUCAGUUACCACACCGCUCAAUGUCGAAAAGACUCUGCUGCAGACACGCGGCCAGAGCCACGAUUCACGCAUCAGAGCUGCAACCGGCCUACGGGACGCAGCCAGAAUCAUCAAAGAGCGAUACGGUCUCUGGGGAUUCUUCUGUGGAUUCAAGCCUCGUGUGUUGACCCACAUGCCCAGUGCAGAAAUCAGCUGGAGUGUCUAUGAGUACUUCAAGUGGUUUGUAACCAAAAACGAUAA